AUGGAUUUAUCGUUGGCUGGUGAGAAGAGAUUGCUUAAGCUCAGUGAACUUGAAGAUCUUAGAGAUGAUGCUUAUGAGAGCUCAAGGUUAUAUAAGGAGAAAACCAAAAAGUGGCAUGACCAACAUAUUCGAAACAAGAACUUUAAGGUUGGAGACAAGGUUUUGCUUUUCAACUCAAGGCUUCGUUUGUUUCUGGGUAAACUCAAAUCAAAGUGGUCGGGUCCUUUUGUGAUAUUAAAGACUACUCCUUAUGGCUCCUUUGAGUUAGAUAUGGAUGGUAGCAAGUUUAUGGUUAAUGGUCAUCGUUUAAAGCAUUACUUGUGCAAGGAAGAAGUUGGUAUCAUCAAAUGUAUAAUGCUUAAUCCUUUGGAUCCCAAGCCUCCCACUUGA